GUCCCGCUUUAUAAAGAAAAGGCCGCGACGGAGAGCUAAGAACGACAGAACAGUGUUGCAGCACGGGCAGCACACAAGUACAUCUUCAUACCACCAGCAUCUUCCAAACUCAGACUAACAAACAAAACCGUUAACUAUGGCCAAUAGCCAGUUCGUUCUUCUGCUGGUUGCCGUCUGCGCCUCAAAUACUUGGGCGCAGUGGCCGACUCAAGGUGGCUUCCCUGGAGGGCAGGGUGGCUUCCCUGGAAGUCAGGGUGGCUUCCCCGGAGGUCCCGGUGGCUUUCCAGGAGGUCCCGGUGGCUUCCCCGGAGGUCCCGGUGGCUUUCCCGGAGGCCCUGGUGGCUUUCCCGGGGGUCAAGGAAUGUUCCCUGGACAAGGAUUUAAUCCACUUUUCGGUAAUGGACAACAAGGAUUUCCACAACGUAAGAAAAACCUGUUUGUAAAUUUGUUUUUGAUCGUACUGUUUAUGAGGUGAAUAGAUUUAUGAGAUGAAUAGAUUUAUGAGAUGAACAGAUUUAUGAGAUGAACAGAUUUAUGAGAUGAAUAGAUUUAUGAGAUGAAUAUAUUAAUAAAAUGAGUAGAUUUAUGAGAUGAAUCGAUUUAUGAUAUAAAUCGAUUUAUGAGAUGAAUAGAUUAUUGUCAUGAAUAGAUUUAUGAGAUUUAUAGAUUUAUGAGAUAAAUAGAUUAAUGAGAUUUAUAAAUUUAUAUGUUAAAAUUGGAUGGCAAAUAGUUACAAAACUAUUUUUUUUUCAAAAGCACGCCAUUUGUUCAUGAUAUCAUUACUCACAAAAUAAAUUUAUUGUCCCUUUUUCUUCCCCCCCCCCCCACCCCCCCCCCCCCGCAACCAAUUAUUAUGAUAGAGUUAAUUUUUUACAAAAUGUUUAUAAGUCUUUAAUGCAUAGACAAAAUUGAUUUGAGUAAUCUGUUUUAUCGCAAAUUACCAAUAAGUGAUUUUAGACGAAUGGAAAAAGUCCCACAAACAACAAAUUAACAGUUAUUUUAAUGUCCCUGAACAAGUUGACAGAUUGAAAUAUAGUUUUUCAAAAUGAAAGGUUUUAAAAAUAAAUGUAUUUCUUAUUUCUUAUAUACUACCAAACUUUAAUUUUAAUCCCCCAAAAGCUGCACACUACAGAUUAGGCCUACACGUACACAGUCACAUAAUUCUCUAACUAGAAUCGUGCACCCACAAUUGUUGAACUUAUAAUAUUGUAUGCGGUCAGCUAGUGAGCUUAAAGUGAUGUUGUACCAAUAACAAAACAGUCAUGCACGAUACACUAUAAUGAUAAUACUUUCUGACAACCCCUCUAGUUAUUUCUAUUAACCUUCGAAUCAAAAGUUAUUAAGUAGCUUCGUAUUGUAGCGUACACAGCAUUGGUAAGAAACAUGUUUGUUUCUGAAUUACAUCUGUGAAAAGUAAUUCAGUUUAUCGUGUUUCAUAUUUAAAAAUAAUUUGCACUCAAGUAUCAGAUAAACUUCUUUCAUAUUUAGACAUAAUUUGCACAAUAAAUAUCAGAUUUAUUAUUGUCUGCCUUUGUGUCUGCGCCAUUUCAGAAUUCCAACCUCCUCAAAUUUUGACCUGUAUUGGAACUAACGAGGCCCAAGAUCAUCUAAAAAUCACCCUCAGACCCGAGCCAGUAAGUAAGAUAGAAUCAUCCUUAGAUUUGAGCCAGUAAGUUAGAUAGAAUCAUCCUCAGAUUUGAGCCAGUAACUUAGAUAUAAUCACCUUUAGAUUUGAGCCAGUAAGCUAGAUAUAAUUAUCCUUAGAUUUGAGCCAGUAAGUUAGAUAUAAUCACCCUAAGAUUUGAGCCGGUAAGUUAGAUAUAAAGACCCUCAGUACUCAGUCAGUAAGUUUUUAAUCUCCGUUCCACAAUCGGGAGAAAAUAAACUAAAUAUUGCACAAAAUUAUUACCUUUUCUAGACCAAGUUAAAUCUGUUGCUUAACAGCUUAUUUCAAUUUACAUGGGAAAACUGAAGCCAGCUGUAUAGAUUUCCCCCAAAUUUAUAUAUAUAAUUAAUAUAUAAUAUAUCUAAGAAUUUACUUAAAAGAAUAUAGGAACAUAAUUAGUUUUGGGGUUGAAGGAUGAACAAGUAUCAAAGAUUUAGUUGAUGUGUGUGGGUUUACCUCACAUGUUCAUGUUCCGCCAUUGUAUUGGGUCUCGCAUGGGUGGCGUCCGGUACCAACAGAUCGCGGCAAUAAGUUAUACAAAGCUGUGUCCUUAAUAAGACUAGGUAGGCAAUUGAAUAUAAAGAGUUAAAUGAUAAAUUCCUUGUUCAAACCCCACCCCGAACAUACAAUGACGUACAGUGUACGCGACCUGCAUGGUGAAACAAUGCGAUGUUUAAGAUUCAUACAAUUUGUGAUGCUGUAUAAAGGUAAGUAACAGAAAUAGAGUUUACUUUGAUGGUUCUUUAUUUUGAUUUGGGGUAUUAUUUCUACACAUCACAUAAGAAAUAGGCGCAAUAAAUUACACAUCACAUAUUGAAAUGAGCGCUAUAAGUUUGCACAAUUUUUCUAUUCGGGUCAUUUGUUUGAUCUGGUAGAGCCAGUGGAGCAGCUAGACUUUGUGACGCCCCCGAAAUUUAAAGAAAACUAUAUGUCUUACAAAAUAAACGUAAAAAUAAGCUAAAUAAUGCAUAUAUAGAGUAAACAGAAAUGCCACCCUGGGCGGAGCGUAUAUAAACGAAUAAAAUAUGAAAUCUAGUAGACUGUACAUUACAUUUUAUUUUAUUAACAUCCAAGGCUUUGUGUAUAUAAGAUAUUUUCAUUUUAACAUUGAUCAAAACCUUUAGUCAUGUUAACUGUAAACUAGCAUUUAAACCAUUAUGUAUUUAUUUAGGCAUUUUUAUAUAGCGCUUACCUUAAAGCUCUAAGCGCUUUACAAUUAUUAAAAACAUGUAAACUAACUACAAUAAAAAUGAGACAUUAGGAUAGUAACUACUAUACUAUAGAAACAAUUAAAAUGGCUAUAAAACGAGGACACUUUGGCACGUUUUGGCCAAAACAUGAAAAAAAACAACACACCUUUCAUAUUCAGUAUCUAGAAUACUUAAACUGUUUUCUCAUUAGUUGCAAUUUUAUUUUCAAAGAAAUUUUAUUUGACCAACUUUCUCCCCGUCUUCAGAGCAGUUUCACCUCCCAGAACCCAGCCUUCCAGUUCGGACAGCCAAGGGAGCUCAACCGUCAAGACUGGAGAAUCAGCGCCGUUUACAUCCCCGCCGCCAGCUACGGGGCCAUCAGCCCAUCAGGCACCAGUUCUCUCGUUGGUCAGUUCUUCCUGGCCCUGACCCGCUACGGCCGCACAGACGGCAACUGUGCUGGUCUUGGUGGCAUCCUCCAGGUAAGGAAACCUACUCGGACAAUGAAGGGUGGGAGGGGCUCUGAUGUCCUUAAAGGUAGAGUGGUUAUAAAUAAGGGAGGUAAAGGUAGAGUGGUUAUAAAUAAGGGAGGUAAAGGUAGAGGUGUUAUAAAUAAGGGAGGUAAAGGUAGAGGUGUUAUAAAUAAGGGAGGUAAAGGUAGAGGUGUUAUAAAUAAGGAGGGUUGACUCACCCACUACAGCGUUAAAGUCUGUAAAUUCCACAAAAUUAAAAUGAGCCACGUUCAGAAUGAAGUCUAAGAGUGCAUCCCAAAUGUUUUAAAGAUGACUCUUGUCAGGUGCACUAGUCCAUCUUUGAUUGUCAGUCUAGCACAGUAAGAAAUUGAUUAUUUCAAUUUGUUAGGCUUCUGUUCUAAAAUUGUGCUCUAACGUACACAUUUCUUGCGAUUGUGUUUCAGAACGAUGACCUCAUCAACCAAGGGCAACAACCUAGAGGUAAUCCACAUUCAUCAAAUACUUUGUGAACUAAUUUUUUUUUUUUAAUAAUUGUUUUUUCCUCGUAAAUUGUUAAUUACAUCCUCAAUAUUAAGAACAAAAAUGGAUUACUAUAAAUUGAUUUGAAACAUGCUAGACUGUAACGACGAACAUCGUUUCUAUGGUAAAAUCAGCUGGUGCUUAACUGACAUUGAAAGAGGAACAGAUAAUACUAUCGUGAGAAUAACAAAGACACACAGCGAUUCUGCCAAAACAACUUCAUCAAAUUCUACCCAAGGACUAAAAUCAAAUUCUACCCAAAGACACACAUCAAGUUCUACCCAAAGACACACAUCAAUUCUCCCCAAAGAAAUACAUCAAAUUUUACCCAUGGACACACAUCAAAUUCUACUACUACCCAAAGACACAAUCAAAUUCUACCCAAAGGCACACAUCAAAUUUUACCCAAAUACAAACAUCAAAUUCAACCCAAAGAUAAAAAUCAAAUACUACCCAAAGACACACAUCAAAUUCUACCCAAAGACACACAUUAAUUCUCCCCCAAAGAAACACAUCAAAUUUUACCCAUGGACACACAUCAAAUUCUACUACUACCCAAAGACACAAUCAAAUUCUACCCAAAGACACACAUCAAAUUCUACCCAUCAAAUUCCACAGCAAUUCUGCCAAAUGAUGAUAGAAAUUACCCUCUAACCUGUAUCAUAAAUUUACAAGACAAAUGACAUGUGACAUUCUUUGCAUUUCCAAUCUAUUUGGUAUACGUCCAAAAGUUACGGUCUAAAACAAUGUUUUUAUUUCUUCAGGUCAGUUCUCCCAAUUCAGUAACGGAAUGUACGGCCAAACAUCAUAUCCGUAAGUCGAUCUCUUAUGUCCAAUUAAAGGCAGCAUUAAAAAAAAACAAAAAAACUGGCCCUUACCUAUAUUCGUGACGCAUAUGUUUACCUAGCAGCCUAGACGGGGCAUUCUGCGAAGCUUUCGUUAUUGUAAAUCAUUAUCAAAUCAAAUCGAAUGCUGUAAGCCUUAAUUUGGGAAAUUCUGGUUUAGUUUUAUGGCUCCUUAUGAUGUUUCAGAGCUGGGUUCAUCCAAGAUCCCAUCGUCAUCAGCCAAGGUGGCAACGUCUACUCCGGUGUUGUCAGAGAUCUCUCCGAGGCUGACCUGAGGGGUCGUGGUGUCGCUGUGAGUAUACCAGAUAGACAUAUUUUUCUGUGUUCUAUAACCAUCACGGUUUGAUUUAAGAUGGAACCCUUAUUCAUUUUAAAUCUUACACUACCUCAGAAAUUCCAUAGGAUUGAAUGUUAUCCAGACAAGAGUAAAGGGAUUUUUCAUAUUUUUAUACACAAUACGUCAAUGAAAAAGGCGCAUCUUUACGUGUUUUUUUUUUUCUAUCCAUGUUCUCCCAUUCAGAUCUGCUUGGACUACUUGUGCCAACGUCCCACUACAACCUGCUGCUCUGUGGUCAAAGAUUCAGUCCCCGCCACUGAAGUUGUUGGUGCUCCAACCAUCGGUUAGUUCCUAGUUUCAAAUCCUUUAUAUUAACGUCGCUUUUGUGUGCUGAGGGCUAAAUCUUUGGACGGCUCAUUUGACCCACGUCCCGUCAACCUAUCAAGCUUUGCACAUAAACGCGUCGCCGAUGACAAGAUAUUCUUUUAAAUUUUCAGCCCGACACCCCAAACCCGAAAAAUACGCCCCCCCCCCCUUUUCCACCUGUUUUUCAAGGGGAAUAUGAAAGGAAAUGAUGCCUCUGAUUUCAUGAAAUAAAAUUCCCGAUAACUGAGCUAAAUGAGAUUCUUUUAAAUAAAAUAUCGCAAGUGCGUUUUCUUUUGUUUUUAUUAAAUAGUUGGUGAAAUAAAUCUGCGGUGUAAAAGCGGGUGGGUCAUUAGAAUAUUAGUAUAGUUCAGGGGCGUGAGGGAAAAAAAAUCCGUUUACGAGCCUUGGGGGUGAAGGGGGCACUAAAUGGGAUUCUUAUAAAGUGCGUUACUUGUAUGCAUGUUUUGUUAAAUUUUCAGACCAACACCCAUUGCUGGAUGUGACAUUUUAUAAAGAAUUUAUACGAAAAACUUUGCUUUUAAUGUUGUUUAAUUAACGCCAUAAUUUACACUGGCGUAUUUCUUAAAUAAACCUUUUUUUUAAAACUUUGCCUAAAAUGGUAAUUUACAUGUUUGCUCUGGUUAUAUCAUCUAGUAACUCUAUUCUGUUUCUAUAUUUAGUAUGACUGACUAUUAACUCUCUUCGUUUUGCCUUGUACCUAGCAGGCUCUUACUCAGGAAGUGCACUCCUCUCCGGAUCCGGAGCUAGUAAGUAGAUCUUUCAACUCCAGUCUUAAAUCUCACGUGCAUUUGCAACCUUUUUUUCACCCUAGUAUUUUUCUCUUUUGUUAUAAUUUUAAAAUAAUACAAAAAUUGAUUGAAAGCACGUUUUAAAAAUCUAUCGGAGGACACGCAUACUCGAACGUGUACAGGUUGAAAUCACUGUAUAUGAUCCUCUAAAGCCUGGUUCAUGAUGUGUUUCGUUGUCACAACACUUUCAUCACCCAACCUUUUGCCUGAACGCACCUGAAUGUCCAUUACACAGUGUCAUUGUUCAUAUGCAUCACCUUACACUCAAACAAAAAUAGCCUUUUAAAAUCACAUGGACUUUUUUUCCCAACAGAAGCCGGGACUAGCACCGGAGGAGGUAACCUAUUUGGUGGCUCCACCGGCCAAACAUCCAGUAGCCUCUUCUAAGUCAAACCAACCCUAGCAACCACCAACCACAACAGGAAGUUACUGAACUCAAACAAAAUUACGAUAGGACUUCAGUAAUGGCAUCACAAGCAAGCAAUGUAACAUUUUACUUUAAUCAUUUAGUCUAGACGGAGAGACGACACAUUUGAAUAUCUUGGCGGGUUUUGUGCUUAGAGACGCAGUCCUGAAAACUAGGCAGGAUCAACCCUCCGGUUGAGUCAAAGAAUCAACACGACGUUCACCGGAAGCAAUGUACAGCUGGUGCUGUAUCGGAGAAUUCAACACCCACGACAGCAUACCGGGCAUAGAGGACAACGAUUUUCUACACCAAAUUUGUUGUCCUAACCUUAUCUUCGUUAUUAUUCUGAGAAACAAAAUAAAGAAGCACAUGAAGCCUUACUCAAUAAAAAGCAUUUUAUUUUAUAAACAACAUUGAUCAAAAUGUCAUGUCAUUCUCUUAUGUGUAUGUCAAGAAGUAUGUUAGUGCAGAAAUGUGCAUGAGAUGUACGCAUGAAACAUAUAAAUUACUAAAAUGUGUCCUGAUUUGAUGGAAUAUUAAAC